AUGCCGCCAGAACUGAACAUUGCCGAUAUUUCGAUGCAAGGUCUGGAGGAUCCAAGUAGAGCCACGAGGAUCCAGCAGACGACACCGGACAAUGCCAAAGCGAUGAAUGGUAAUGUCAACGGGGCUGCUACUGAAGCUGAUUUGUCGCUCGACAAAGGAGAUUCAAUGACAACUUUUCCGAAUAUAAACACAUCGGCAUUGCCAACUCCGUCUGCAUCCCACGAUCCAAGUGCAAGCUCUCCUCUAGAAGAGUCUCCAGAGACUGUCUCGGUGGAGAGAGACACAAACACUUGGCCGUACGAAUAUCAAGCUGAGGGAGAAGAAGGAAGGAUCUCUUUUCCAGUUCUGAAUCCAGAGGAUCUCAGAAGAGCUCAAAGGUUCCACAGCGCUAGCGGCACCAGUUCUCCUCGGAAGAACUUCCAGCUCCUGGGCACCUUUGGCAAACUGGACGAUAAAAAGCUUUCAAGCAUCAUCCAGCUUCUUAGUCUGCCACUGGUACGAGUCCCCUGGCAGGAGGACGUCGACUUGUUGCGAUCGCUCCCAGGUCCAGAUAUUCUUCACCACUUCACAGAUUUAUACUUCCUCCAUUUUCAUGAUCUCUGGCCUAUAAUUCAUAGGCCAACAUUCAAGAUAUCAGAUGCACCCACGAUUCUGGUGCUAACAAUAGCCUGCAUUGGGGCAUGUUACUCUGGUCUUGAUCGGUCGAUUGAGUUUGCCGACACGCUUGCCGAGCUCUGUAGGCGGACGUCUACUUGGAUGGGCGAGCAUGAUCCACGAUUCCUGCGGUCUCCGUCUUACGGAGUAUCACUCUUGUUGCAGCACCUCCAUGCAAUGGGCUCGGGCUCGCGACGCCUCUUCGAGAUGACUGACGCAUCUCGCUCACGCCUCAUCAGCAUAUCGCGGCAAAUGACGUGCGCAGGACUUUAUGCGUCGCGCAACGAUGCAGCUUCGUCUGAAAAGGAUACAUUUCAAACCUGGCUCGAAUGGGUGAGCAAAGAGCAAAUCAAGCGAUUGGGGUGGUUUCUAUUUGAGUUCGACUGUCUUUAUUCCGCCUUUUCAAAACAAAAUCCGUGCACGAAGCUUGAGGAAUUACCGCCCGAGUUCCCUUGCGAACAGUUACACUGGGACGCGCCAACUGCGUUUUCUUGGGCUGCUUGUCCAUUUCAGACCGCUCCCCGAGGCCCUCCGACCAUGCAGACGAUCAGUGAUUUUCUAGAGAAACCUGAUCCAUCAAUUAUCAGUCCGCUUGACAACAUCGGAAAACGGUUGUUGAUCCGAUGCCUCGGACAGCGGCUACAUGCUUGUCAAGAACAGAUGGAUUCGAAAUUGUACCAUGUCCUCUGGCAAGACAACAACGGGCUCGAACUCAAUCGCGCUGUUCGGUCUCAGCUUUCCAAGGCCAUCAUGUCUGUGUAUGAAUUCAGCUGGGCUGAUCAUCCGCGUCGCUACACCCUCCGCCAUGCUCUUCGCAUCGGUGUCGCUGGGCACUACAGCCACAUAUUUGGCGCGGGAAAGAUUGUGGAUCUGGUCACUCACGUCGCACGCAAGCGGGCUGCCGGUUUCGACAUGUCAAGGAUUACCCACAACACAGCGUUCGCCUCAAGCACCGCCAACAAAGCUACAGGCGUGGACGAAACAGCAGCAAUCGCCGCAUUCGCCGAAGAUCCCGAAAUGAUCAGGGAAAUGAUGUGGCAUGCUUCGCAAGUAUGUUACCUCCAGCGCCGGCACCCUUUCAACUCACCUCUCGAACCACUCUCGGUGUUCCUGGCGGGGAUCACCCUUUGGGCCAGCUGCAAAUACUUUUGCCCCCACCAGCCAUCAAUGCGCGUGGGUCCCUCAAUUCAGCUGGAUGAGCCAUCCUUUUGCAGUUCUCAACGUUCCAGCCAGGCGGUCAAGGACUGGAUAAAGAACGGGGGCAAGACGUUCCUGGAAGGUGUGGGUGACGUUCAGGACCCCGAAGCACCAAGUCGAGUGCUCCAGCUGAGCGUGGAUAUGACUCGACGACUCAAAGUCUGGCAAAUGGCGUCAAAUGUCUCGGAAAUCUUCGUCCGCCUCUUACAAAGCGAGGAACAGGAGGCUGCCCAACGCCACGAAACCAACACAUUUCAGCCACAAUAA